AUGACAGACAGCCUACCCUUUGAACUAGAAUACUACUCAUCAGACCUUCAUCGAAAUUUUUCGGUUUUUGUUUUGGGAAACAACACAUGUCGUGCUUGUUUAACUCAAGAUGAAGAAAUGCAAUCGUUAUUUCCAGCAGAAGAAUUAUGUUCUUCACAACAACAGAAUGAUUUAUUGAAUAUGUUUCUCUCUUGCACAGCCCUUGAUGUAUCUUAUGACGACCCUUACCCGAAACAUAUUUGUAAUGGUUGUUUCAGUGAACUAAUUGAAUCUUAUAGCUUCUGGAUGAAAUGUAGGCAAUCAAUCGAGCAAUUGGAUAGUUUAACUGAAAGUACAGAUUUAUUAAGCGACGAUUUUGAUUUGGUUCAAGAUAAUGAUGAUGAAACAGAAUAUAAAAAUGAACAGGUACCUAUUUCCUCAAAUACUGAUGACAACGAGGAUAUUGAUGAUUAUAUAAAGUUUUCAAGCUCAGUAGAUUUAAAUAGUUUCAAUAUUAUUUCUGCAGAACUUGGUUCAUGCAUUCCAAAAUCAUCCCAUAAACCACAAUGUCAUCAAUGUCAAUUAUCAUUUUCUGAUAGAGCAGAAUAUAAAAAGCAUUGGCAAAAAAAUCAUCGAAGGCAAGUACAAACAAAUUCAAAUCAUUCAAAAAAAAUUGAAGCCAUAGAUGAACCAACCGCUGAGAAUGAAUCAUUUGCAGAGAAAGAUCAAGAUCAUAAUUAUGAAUGCCAGGAACUAGUUUUUCCACAAAAUUCUGAAACAGAAAUAGAAAAGUCUGAAGACCAAACGAGCCCAAUGUUGCAAGAUCGUCUUGAUAAUUCACAACAAAAUUCAAGAUUAAAUGAUCGCAUAAACUUUCUUCAAUGUUCACCAGAUUUGAAUAGUUUUGUAGACAUUCCUGACUCUUCUUCACAAAAUUCUUUUCGACAGCCCAGUAAAAAUUCUCAAUUACGGUCUGGUUCAGAAAAAUCAGAAACAUCACCUCGUAAACCUGCUUGUCGAAAGUGCCAGUUGUUCUUUCCUAACAAAGCUGAAUAUAAAAAACAUGCAAAGAUCCAUAACUUGCAUUUAUGUCCACAGUGUGGACAUGUCAGCAAAUCUAAUAGUGCCUUGAGAGAACAUUUUACAACGCAUACAAACUUGCGUCCUUAUAAAUGCACUAUAUGCAAUAAGACAUAUAAGUCAGCUACUAAUCUUAAUGUUCAUAAAAGCACUCAUAUUGGUGUGUUAAAAUAUGCUUGUCAACACUGUGAUAAAAAAUUUGUUACUUGGGCAUCAAGAUUUAGUCAUAUAAGGACACAUCAUACUGUUUAUGACAAACAUAUUUGUGAGAUAUGCUCUAAAGGUUUUCCUGAUGCCAAUAAGCUUCGCAUUCAUAUAAGGUUUCAUACAGAAUGUGGUAAACGAUUUUUAACUUCUAAACAUGUCAAGCAACAUAUGGUUGUUCAUACAGGGGAACGUAAAUAUAAAUGCGAAAUCUGUGGAAAAGGUUUCACACAAUCACAUGUGUUGCGUAGUCAUCUGAAAAUACAUGAAAGGCAAGCAUUAAUAGAUAAUGAUCUUCAUAAUGAUGAAAUGUGA